ACCCCACAAGGACCUACCCAACCAAACUGCGACUCAAUAGCCAAAGUGCUUUAGGUUUGUUUUCUUUUAAAUUGUGAUUUGUUUUUGAAUUCAUCAAUUUUCUGAGUGGCAAAUAAAGCACUUUGGGUCAGCCAGUCGGAUUUAAUUCUUUUGAUGGAAUGCAACUACAGUCUCCGCCUCCCUCUUCAGAAACUUUAAAUUUGCUGGGACCGUGAGUAGUUCUUCUCAAACCACCAGCACCCCCUCAUAUUGCAGGCUGCACCCCACGGUCUCCCCAAGCUGCUCCUUGGUUUACUCUACCUGGUCAUUGAAGAAUGAAGGACACAUUGAUGCGAUGGAAGUUGCCCAUAAUCUGCUUCAUCUGGCAGCUAGCAAUGAUUAUCCUCUUCGGGGUCUUCAUUCGAUACGACGAGGAAGCCAACGCUCAUUGGAAUGCCAUCAGAAGAAUUCGGAAUAUCACCAGCGCGUUGGAAAACGAUUUCUACUUCAGGUACCCCAGUUUCCAAGAUGUCCACGUGAUGAUUUUUGUGGGAUUCGGGUUCCUGAUGACCUUCCUGAAGAGAUACGGAUUUGGAAGUGUUGGAUUCAACUUCCUCAUUGCUUCAUUCAGCAUCCAAUGGGCUCUGCUGAUGCAGGGCUGGUUUCACUCCUUAGACUUUAGCGAUGGGAAAAUCAAAAUUGGUGUGGAAAGUCUGAUAAAUGCUGAUUUCUCUGCUGCCUCAGUGGCAAUCGCAUUUGGAGCUGUUAUUGGAAAAGUGAGUCCAGUCCAACUGCUGAUCAUGUCACUGUUUCAAGUAACUCUGUAUGCAGUGAACGAAUUUAUCAUCCUGACCGUUUUAGGGGCUAAAGAUGCUGGUGGUGCAAUGGUUAUCCAUGUUUUUGGUGCUUAUUUUGGACUGACAAUCACACGUAUCCUAUACAGGACAAAUUUGGAUCAAACGAAGAAUGAAUCAGUUUACCACUCUGACCUCUUCGCCAUGAUUGGUACUCUCUACCUCUGGAUGUUCUGGCCCAGUUUCAACUCAGCAAUUUCAAACCAUGGGGAUGCCCAACAUCGUGCUGUCAUCAACACCUAUUGCUCACUGGCAUCCAGUGUCCUCAUUGCCAUCGCCAUUUCCAGCCUCUUUGAGAAGAAGGGCAAAAUUGAUAUGGUUCAUGUUCAGAAUGCGACCCUUGCAGGAGGAGUGGCUCUAGGCACAGCUGCUGAAAUGAUGCUUACUCCCUACGGGUCACUGAUUGUUGGAGUUCUGUCAGGAGCCGUGUCAACAUUAGGUUUCAUCUUCCUCUCGCCACUCCUGGAAAAAUACCUUAAGAUACAAGAUACCUGUGGUAUCCACAACCUGCAUGGUAUGCCGGGCGUGAUGGGAGCCAUUGUUGGAGCUGUCACUGCUGCAGCCGCCACUGAAGGAGUGUAUGGCAGAGAAGGGUUAAUCGAGGCUUUUGGUUUUGAGGGGCGAUUUGCGGAUCGGACGCCGAGUGUCCAGGGAGGUUAUCAGGCUGCGGCUCUGUGUGUCACACUCCUUCUGAGUGUGGGUGGGGGAGCUGUUGUAGGUUUCAUUCUGAAGUUGCCAUUCUGGGGUGAUCCAUCAGAUGAAAACUGCUUUGAAGAUGAGGUGUACUGGAAGGUGCCAGUGGAUGAAGAAGCUCCAUUGUGCAAUGUUCACUAUGAAAACAACGAACUUAAAAAGCCUAAUUCAAAUGGAGACACCCAACAAUAAGCCUGUUUUACUUCGUUUGUCAUGAAGACAUAUGGAGAGUAUUUGCCGGAGACUUCUGUGCUGUUUGUAACUGAGCUACAAGUAAAAACAGCACCAUCAAUGAACUGACUCAGAAUUGUGCAAUAUGUUUUCCCUUUCAACCCUAUAUGAAAGCCUCUGGUGGUGGAAUCCUUUGAGAUCCUCUCGUGAUAACCUGGUGGGGAUCAGGAUCAUAUCCAACUUUUCAUCUAGUCCUACCGAGAACAUCAGCUAUCACCUUAGGGCUGUGCUAAGUCUUAAAACGAUUAUGGUUUUAAGGACGGAUCCGUUCAGGUCAAGGGCACCAACGUAGACACCGACUCUCACCAGCAACUCUCCUGCCUGGUUGUUUGAUUUUGUAAUUUUGCAUUGGUCUUUCCCCCUCACCUUCCCUGAAGGUGAUCACUUUGCUGCAACUCAUUAGUCCCACAGGGUAUGACAGGAAUGCCUUUCACUAUGCACCUGAAAGACCCCACAGCCAUUAAAGUUUUCCUUUUUAAGAGGUACAUUCACUGUUGAAAUAUUAACCAUCCUACUUAACACCACGAUUAAGCCUCAUUUUAGUGUCGGUCAAAUUCCAUACACACUGAGGUGGAGAGGUGUAAUGCCACCUAUUAUUGUUGAAGGUAUGAUGGUGGUGUCCUGACCUCACAGGCCUAAAUUCAAGUACCUCCUGCUCCACUGUUGUGUAAUAAUAUCUCUAAAUAAGUUGAUUAGAAAAUAUCUUGGGGGUGAUAAGACAUGGACGGGCUGAUUUGCACCUCCUUGGGAUACCUUGCCCAUUCUGCUUAAAGCCAGUCAUUUAACUCUUGUAUUCCAUUGGGUGUCAAUGGAUAAUGAUCCAGGGAAAGGACACUUGUUGGAUUGUAGUCCUUCUCUACCCAGUUCAGACUACAAAAGCCUGUUGCACUUCAGCUGGUCUGAAAAGGGUCAACUGACUCAGCACCAAGCCAGGUCCACAAACCUGAGAAUUUUCUACUCAAUUUAACUGCAUUCCUCUCCAUCUACCCACUCACUAUUUGGCAACAAAAGACCAGAUUUCUCUUAUUAUUCAGUUCUUUGUGCUCCUGGGAUAGAUGCAAAUCAUUGUUAUUUGGUAACUGAGCUUGUCUAUGCCAUAGCAGUCCUGCAUCUCUCGAGCCUGGAACUUCUUGGUUGGCAUUGCGUAAAUUACACCAAAUUUAUGCCAGGCACUGUAGCAGUCUUGCCAAUAGAAACACAUAUCCUGAAUUUCCCACUGGGCUCUUUAUUAUCAGAUCCACCACAAAGCAAGAAGCAUCUAAACAGAACAGACUUACCUUCAAAUUAUAUUCAAAAUCUCCAGAUGUUGGAGAGUCACAUUUAACCUUUGUGAGUAUUUCUCUGGUCGGAACAGCAAGGAAGAGGGAGGCACAGUGGCUGUUGCCAGAUGAGGGAGGCCUGAUGUGGAGGAGAAUUUCUGCUCCUGUUCUGCGUUUAUACCCUCAUCCCUCAGCCGUGAGUGUCCGAUCUGCAUAGACCCCUGUUAGUAAGCAAAUCAAAGCAUUGAUUAAUGGCCAGGGGUCUCCAAACAACACUGAACUGGUGGAGGGGCCUGAUGUGGUGCACUGGCGAUGUCCAUACCCCUAAGCCAGGUUCAAGUCCCACCUGAUCCAAGGUGCAUAAUACCAUCUCUGAACAGCUUGGUUCAAAAAAUAUCCAUUAUGGGCCAAAUGGUCUCCUGCGCUGUAACAUUCUGUGAUUACGGAUGCACUUUGAUAAACGAAAUAGCUGUUACGCAUCUACACACUAACAUAUUUCAUUCUGUGCCCUUUUUCCUUUAAACAAAUGAAUAUAGCACAAAUAAAAUGGAUGUUCACCAUG